UGAACCGAACUGUCAAAGAGCCUUCUUUUGGAUUGUUCUUCCACAUUGAACGAUCUGCCGCGUGUUGUGCUCCGAUAAAAUAAGCCGCAAAGAUGGCCAUUCGUCCGGCAUACAAACCGAAGAUCGUCAAGAAGCGGACGAAGAAGUUUAUUCGCCACCAGUCGGAUCGCUAUGACAAGCUUGCACCUGCAUGGCGUCGGCCGAAAGGUAUCGACAAUCGGGUGCGUCGUCGUUUCAAGGGACAGUACCUGAUGCCCAACAUCGGUUACGGCUCGAACAAGCGCACCCGUCAUAUGCUGCCGUGCGGCUUCAAGAAGUUCCUCGUCCACAACGUGCGCGAGCUGGAGGUGCUGAUGAUGCAGAACCGUGUGUACUGCGCGGAGAUCGCUCACGCCGUGUCGUCGAAGAAGCGCAAGGCGAUCGUGGAGCGGGCCAAGCAACUGGCCGUUAAAGUGACGAACCCGAACGGUCGCCUGCGUGCCCAGGAGCUCGAGUAAGGCUCGUACGGGCUCGGUUAUGGUUUGCGUAUCUUUUUCGCCUGUAGUAGGCGAUGCGGUCCGUUUAAGUAAUAAUAAGAGAUACAACAGCUAAAGCUAUCAUG